AUGACCUACAAGGGGAGCUGCCACUGUGGCGCCGUGAAAUUCUCCUUCACCCUCGAGACCCCCCUCGAAGAAUCCGAGGUGGCCAAGUGCAACUGCUCCAUGUGUUCACGGAACGGAUAUCUCCUCGUCUACCCCAAGGGGUCAGAUGUGGUGUUCGACCAUGCAGAGGAUGCGGUGACGGAAUACCGCUUCAACACCAAGCAAUUCCCGCACUACUUUUGCUCAACUUGCGGCUCGAGUGUCUAUGCGAAGGGUCCCGAGGCGGCGAAUAUUAUCGCAGUAAAUGUCCGUGUUGUUGAAGGGGUUGAUAUUGAGAAUCUGAAGCUGAAGCCUAUGAAUGGGAAGGAUUAUUAG